AGACGAUGCAUAAAAAUGGCGUUGUCACAUGAAUAACUAGUUUAAAAGUCUUUUCAGUCAAUCACUUGGUUAUUGUCCAUUCCAACGAGCAUAUAUGCUACCCUAUUUUGUUCUCGCAGAACAUGACAAAUAGUGACUUCCCUAUUUUUCUUUAUCUAAAAUUUGAAACUCCACUCGAUGAUGUGUUUUCAGACUUUGAAUGAAGACAAAACGGGUUGGCGUUGGGCUAAGACUGUGUAUAUUGAGGUUAAAUCUUUUGCUUCCAUUGCUGGAAGAGAUGAGAGAGGCCGAGAGGCCGCUCUCGGAUUCUAGUUUUCGGUGUUUGAGGAAGAUGAAGAAGGCGGUAAAGGCUUCCAGAAAACUGCUUAAAACAUGUCAUGGCGGGAGCAAAAUCUACCUGGCAUUAGAAAAUGAAGCCAUUAUGGAGAAAUUUCAUGAUGUUUACGCAAAAAUAAGUGUAGCUUUGGAUGAUAUGCCUUAUGAGCAACUUGGGAUUUCAAAUCAAAUGAAACAGGGGAGGACAAAUACACAAGACAUGGAGCUAGUGAUGGAUUUAAUGGUGUUGAAAUCGUCGACUACCACGAAGAACGAAGACGAUGCGAGCAUUGAAAGCGUAGCCCACAAGCUCGGGUUGCAGAAGCCCGAAGAACUGAAGAGAGAAACCGCAUUGGUUAAAAAACUAUUCAAGGAAAGGAAGAAGAAACAGCAUCGUCAUCAUCAUCACCAUGUGAGCUCCGAGGGAAUGCAGCAAAUCGCUCAUCUUCUCGACACAUUCAAACGAUUCGCAGGAUUGCCAACACAAGAAUACGAAGACGAGGAAGAUGGGGAUGAAUGUUCUUCUGUUAUCCUUAAACCUGCUUCUGCUCACCAAAAGGGUCUUCCCAUUGCAAUCCCUAAUGAAUUUCUUUGUCCUAUCACCCUCGAGAUUAUGUCUGAUCCUGUUAUCAUAUCGACCGGACAGGUAACCAUACAUGAUCACAUGUAGAUUAAUUCCAACCCGACUCCCACCUCGAGUUCCCCAAUCAAUUUGGAACAUCUAUUGUCAAAGUUAGCACCAUGGAUGGUGUCCCAAAUCGAUGGGGAUUACGAGGAUCGAGAUGGAGGGUUUGUAGGGAGUUAAGGGGAAUGAACCACCUCAGGGGUCGAGAACCAUCGUAGGUGUUUCCAGAAUAGCCCAAUGUAAGUCAUAGUUCGUAAAAUGAUAUUGGUGCCAAGUGUCAUUCGAACCCCACCGUGUGUUUUCUAUGAUUGAAAAUAUUGUACCAUUUCAUCUCAUUGAAUGUUGGGGUUGUCAUCUUCAUCCAUGUUUUUUUGCAGACAUAUGAGAGGGAAAGCAUACAACAAUGGCUUGAUUCAAACCACACAACAUGUCCAAAAACUG